AUGGAGAACGGAUCAACUGACAACACGGCGGGGCCGGAGCCCCAGGUCUAUCGGACGGAACAGCCACCCUUGACAAGUGAUGAGUUGUCAGUCCCAACUUCGUCGCAUGGCGUUACAUCCACGCGGGAGUCGAGGACUAUUCGCCAAUCAUUGACGAAAAAGCGAGGCAAAUGUCGUUAUUUUGCGUCCAAGAAGGGCUGCCGGGCUGGGGCGGAUUGCCCGUAUAUUCACGCUAGUCCUACCAACGACCAGAGUGUGACCUCGGCUGAUCAGCAGUCAGAAUCGCCUGCUCCUGUCAACAACAAUCAAAAUCUAGACCGCAAUAUCAGCACCGGGGCCAGUCAGACGGCUAUCUCUAGUGGGCCGUCAAGACAAGUCACGACAAUUUCACAUGCCGCUCAGCCUCAAAGGCCAGUCUCGAAGGCAGAGCAAAAAGACCCGAGAGAGUUUCAGCUAAACCAAUUGAGACGACGAUUUCAGCCAAAGGAAACGACUGACAGCAAUGGAUCCAUCUUGGAAUUCGGAUUGGCUCCCUCGGAUCCUGAUUUCCCCUUUGAGUUGGACAAACUGCAAUGCGUUCUGCAUGUCCCAAAGUCAUAUCCCGAUAAAGGGCGACCUACACUCAAAGUAACUAAUCCUGAAAUGGAAGCCGCAUACCAAGCGAACGUUGCGAGAGGCUUCAACGAUAUUGUUGACUUUACAUUGCGCACAAAUGGCCGAGGAGUGCUCCUUAAUUGGCUUAAUAGUCUUGAUAAGCAACUGGAGAAGCUUCUUACUACUCUUGAAAGAGGUCCAAAGCUCACAUUUGUGGCCAAUCUUGGCGAUGGUACAGCCAGCAAAGGGCCAGCCCAGACAAACCCUGGACCUCAACGUCAGGUGGAAUUGCCUGUGUUGCCAAAGGCUGUGCCCGUGAAUGCUGCCAAACCUGUAACCCCAUUGAAGGCACCUGUUACAAGAAUAACAUACACGGCCGCGCAAAAAUUCCAGGCCGAGAAACGAAGAUCGACGGAAGCGAAACAGCUCGAAGCCCGGCUUGGGAGACUUCCGUUGUUCCAAAAACGAUCGGAUAAUUCUUUCGUGAUUCCAAUUCAACCGAACAAGAAAGACCGCCUCCCUGGACAACUUCAAGCUUUGAAAACGGUAAAGCUUCUAGUUCCUCAACUCUAUCCACUUGAGAACUCUACAAUCGAGAUUCAGGGUAUUGACAAACCAGAAGCAAGGUCCGUAGAGAAUGGAUUUGCAGAAUGGGUCUCAAAGAACUCCCAGUUGAAUCUGGUCUCUCAGAUCAACUACUUGGCGAGUAACAUGCACAACUUUGCCAAGACACCUCUGCCUGAAGUUGCCGAGUACUCUCAACAUGAGUAUCCUCAACCAACCAUUGAUACUGUAUCUGAUGAACAAGAUGUAUCUCCUGAAAAGGAACCUUCGAACCCUGUUGAGGGGGGGGAAGACCCGGACCGACCACAUCUGCACGUUAUUCCACGUCCAAUGGAGUGGUCUGUACCCGAUCACAACAAUGAAGGAGAUGAAACCGAUGACUCAAGCUUUGAAGAAGAUUCUGAAGAGGACGAAGAGGAUUCAAGUGAUGGAGGCGCACCUGUUCCUGUGGCUAUUGAUACACCUGGGCGUGGUGUCGCUCUGUCAUUCCCUUUUCUCGAACUUUACGGAAUCGAGCUAUUGGAACUUAUGUAUCUUGCUAUCACAAUCAAAUGUGAGAGAUGCAAGGAGUCAAUGGAUAUAAAAAACGUCCCCAAUCUUACCGACCCGAAGAAUUCGCCGAAAGUUGAGUCAUGCAGGAAGUGCGCCAAUUCUAUGAGUAUCGGUUUCCGCAAGCAGCUGAUGCAUUCUCAUGCAAAUCGCGCUGGGUAUCUGGAUUUGGAUGGUUGCACCAUCGUGGAUCUUCUUCCCAGUAACUUCAUCCCGACUUGCUCGGAAUGCUCAACUCCAUACCAUGCACCUGGCGUAUCUGCAGUUCGUGGAGAGAGCUCCAUGGCUAUGUGCCGUCAUUGUCAUAAAAAAAUGGUCUUCAAGAUGCCUGAAGUCAAAUUCUUGAUCGUGGGAACGGCUGCAGUGUCUUCUCGAUCGGGUCUUUCUUUGAAGAGAAAGCCGAAAGAGGUCCUCGGAAUCGUUGCUGGCCAAGAACUUCCCCGUCGUGGCCGCUGCCAACAUUACGCGAAGAGUUUCCGUUGGUUCCGAUUCAGUUGUUGUGCGAAGGUGUUUCCAUGCGAUAAAUGCCAUGAUGCGGAGAUGGAUCAUCCAAAUGAACACGCAAAUCGCAUGAUCUGUGGAUUUUGUUCUCGAGAGCAACACUUCAGGCCAGAGAACUGCGGGACAUGUAAAGCGGUCCUUGUCGGUAAAGCUGGCAGCGGAUUCUGGGAAGGGGGUAAGGGUACUAGAAAUCGAGCUUUGAUGAGCCGGAAAGACCCCCGGAAAUACAAACGUCAGGGAAGUACUGUUCCUGGUGGAUCGAGCUCGAAGAAGAAGUAG